AAGAAGCCAGACACUUACUAUAGACUCAAUCUGUAUCCUGAGGAAGAGGUGAUAAGGUGGCCAGGGAUACAAGCAGAGCCUUUCUACUAUUCCAUCCCUCUUUGACACUCUCAGUCUCUCGCCCCCUCCGUCUCAAAGGACUGCCCAUCUGUAUGCUAUUUUAUAGGAGGCUCCAGAGGAAAAACAAGUCUGCCGGCAGUGAAGGAAGUGCAUGCAUUUCAGAUUGGCGUAAGCAGCACCACAUCUGGAAACCAAAGACAGGGGAAAAGUCAAAACAACUGAAGCACCCAACCUGGGAGGAAACGAACAAAGAGGGGGUUACAAUAAUCAAGAGAUAGACAAGAAGCUUGGAUGAAAAAUAGGAAAUGGCUUUGAUUUGUUUAUCCUUACUGUGCUUCUUAGCCAUAUCAUUGAGACUCUUUUCUCCAGCAAUUGCCGCAGGGGAAAGGGGACAGCAAUCUACAGUAGUCAACGUUUGUGGAAAAGGAUAUUUUCUUUAUGAGCUGGAAACUUGUUUACCAUGCAGCUGUAAUGGUCACUCCAACAGCUGUCAAGAUGUAACAGGUAUCUGCAAUAAUUGUCAGAACAACACAGCUGGAGACUAUUGUGAAGAGUGUCUUGAUGGAUACGUUCGUGAUAAGGCUGAGGAGGGUCAGCUGAUCUGCAAGCCUUGCUCGUGUCCUUUUCCAAUCAGCUCCAACAACUUUGCAGUUUCAUGUGAAAAGAAAGGCAGUGCAGUUCGGUGUAUGUGUAAGGAAGGCUAUGCUGGGCCCAUCUGUGAAAGAUGUGCCCCUGGUUACUACGGCAACCCUUUAUUGAUUGGCGGCACCUGUAAGAAAUGUAACUGCAAUGGGAACUCUGAUCCUAACCUGAUCUUCAGUGAUUGUCACAAUACAACUGGCCACUGUCAGAACUGCUGGCACAAGACUACAGGAGUCAACUGUGAGCGCUGUGCUCCUGGUUACUAUGGGGAUGCCAUCAGCACCAAGAGCUGCAAAGAAUGCAGUUGUGAUAAGUGUGGCACAGACUCCUGUGAUGACAGGACCGGAAGGUGUUAUUGCAAGCCAGGAGUCACAGGCUCUUCCUGUGACCGCUGUGAGGUCGGUCACUAUGGAUUCAGCAGUUGCCGUGGAUGCAGGAGGUGCAUGUGCGGCGUGGCCUCUGUGAAUGAUAUCUGUAAUCCUGUGACGCAAGCCUGUGUUUGUCAGCCUGGUGCUGCUGGCAUGCGCUGUGAGCGCUGUAAGAAUGGCUACUGGAACUAUGGGCGUUCUGGCUGCCAAAAAUGUGAUUGUGGAGGAGGAUCAUGCAACAGUGAAACAGGGCACUGUCUUUCAGUUCCUGUUAUACCACCAGCUACCAAUGCCUGUGAUAUAACCUGUGAUAAAUGUAUCUGGGAUGUAAUUGAGGACCUGAUGUUUUCCAAUGAAUCUAUGAAAGAAAUCAAAGCAAGCAUGGUAAACAUUUCCAGUGGAGCUGCUGCCAACAGCCGCUUCAAUCACCUCAACAUCACAACCCAGCACCUCAAGAGCCAGUUAUCCAGGUGGAGGAACCAGUCUGAAUACAGAUUACUCCAAACAGACAAUGUUGAGGAUGUCGUUACAAAUCUACAGUCAGAUUUGAACUCUUUGGCUGAAAAGGAAAAUACAACAAUCUCUGAAGGACUUGAAGUGGAGAAGGAGACACAAGACACCCACCUCCGUGCAGAUCACCUUGAAAAACAGCUCAUUGCAGUGAGCAAGAGCAUUGAAGACAUUAUUGCCAAGCUGAUCUACUACAGUCUUCAACAUAAUCUGACCUCUGAAGAAAUCACCAGGAGGAAGGAGGAAGCAGAGGACAUAGUGAACACUAUGAGAAAACUGAAUUUGUCUCUGAAUGGACCCAUCGCUACUGAGGAAUCCAUGAAAGCAACUCAAAUUUUAAGGCGUGUCCUUCAGCUGGAGAAGAAGCUGAACAGCACCAUGGGUCUGGUUUCCCCGAUUCAGCACAAGCUCUCGGAGCUCAGCAGCAGGCUGUCUGACACCAGGGAGCUCCUUGAGGGGGCAGUGAGAACCGUUCAGCAGGCUGAGGAGAAACACAAAGAAAACCUUGUCAGAUUCCAGGAGAAUGAGAAUUUGCAGCAAAAGCUGAGGGAAGACUAUGGAGAUGCUAACAAGACACUACAGGUUGCAGGAGACAUUAUAAUUGACACAGGCCUUGAUGUUGGCGAACUGGAAACUAUGAUAAAGAAUGUGUCAGAGUUCCAUGCAGCGAUCGAUGGGGCCAACAAACUCUUGAAGGAAAAAGAAGCUAAUUUGUCGAGAUACGACAAGGACUUGGUUCGUCGAGCCACAGACUAUGCCAAAGAACUUCAGAAACUUGCUGCCGAGUUGGAAAAUUAUUUGAAAAAUAUUGAUGCCAACGGGUUUGUACAGAAAGCAAUAAACGCUUCCAAUGUGUACGAAAACAUUGCAAAGUAUGUUGAAGAAGCAAAUGAGACUGCAGUAAUUACAUUCAACUACACAGAGAGAGCUGAGGAUGCUAUAUUUGGUAUAAACACUCAGAUUGGAUUUCUUAAGGACCGAAGUGAAACUCUUUUGAUGGAAGCCACCAAAUUGCUGCAGUCAGAAGAAGAAACGGACAAUGAGUCUGCCGUCCGUGCUGCCAGAAUAAAUAUUAAUGGAGCGCUCGCUAAAGUGGAUUCUGUCAAGAAAGACCUUUCAGAAUCCUCAAGUCAACUGAAGACCAUUGAACGUGGUAACACAGCGCAGCGUCUGGAGCACUCAAAGAGGAUUGCUGUAAACACCCUGAACAAUACUGCAACAGUCCUUCAAACAGUCACUCCCAUUAAUGACACAGUCCAAGGCUGGGCCAGGAAUCUGGACAACUCUGAGUAUGACACGUCUGCAUACAACAGGGCAGUGAGCGCUGCAGGGGAAGCAGUGGAAAACCUGACAGACAUGGUUCCUGAACUGCUGGAUAAACUGCGAGUGGUGGAGCAGAAGAAGCCCAUGAGUAACAUUUCAUCCAGCAUCCUGCGAAUUAGGCAGCUCAUUGCACAGACCAAGAGUCUGGCCAGCAAGGUACAAGUUUCCAUGCGGUUCGAUGGCCAGUCAGCAGUUGAGGUUCAUCCGAAGACUAAACUGGAGGAGCUGAAAGCCUUCACCUCAAUGAGUUUGUUCAUGAAGGUGGAUUCAGAAAAGCACAAAGGGCAGGACAGAUUCAUCAUGUACCUGGGAAACAAAAAUGGAAGAAAAGAUUAUAUGGGCCUUGCUAUCAAGAAUGACAACCUGGUGUAUAUUUACAAUCUGGGAGGUGGAGAUGUUGAGAUACCUUUGAGCUCCAAGCCUGUCAGCACCUGGCCACCCCAGUUUAACCUCAUCAAAACUGAAAGGCUUGGGAGGCAUGGCAAAGUAUUUCUAACCGUUCCAAGUCCUGGUAGCACAGCGGAACAGAAAUUCAUCCAGAAAGGGGAGGCCCCAGGCACUGAAUCACUGUUUGACCUAGACCCUGAUAACACUGUCUUCUUUGUUGGUGGUGUUCCUCCAGAUUUCAGGCUCCCAGCCAGCCUGAACUUGUCCCCCUUUAUAGGCUGCAUCGAACUGGCAGCUCUGAACAAAGAUGUGAUGAGCCUGUACAAUUUCAAGAACAAGUACAAGAUCAACACUGCAGCAUCGCCCCCCUGUCCCAGGUACAAGCUGGCUUUCACCCAGAGUCGGGCAGCAAACUACUUCUUUGACGGCACAGGCUAUGCUCUUGUGCGUAACAUUGAGAAGAGAGAAAAGUUUGGCAAGAUUUUGACACGAUUCGACUUAGGAGUGCGGAGUGUGAUGGAUGAUGCGCUCCUCCUACUGAUGGUCAAUGGUAGCAAUUUCUUCACACUGGAAAUGCAGAAGGGCCUCCUGCGCAUAAUGUAUGACUUUGGAUUCAGUAAUGGUCCUGUUGUUCUUGAAGACAAUUUAAAGAAAAUACAGAUUAAUGAUGCCAGAUACCAUGAGAUUUCAAUAAUUUAUCAUAACUCAAAGAAGAUCAUCCUGGUGGUAGACAGGGGCCAUGUGAAGUCUGUGGAAAAUGAGAAAAAGCCCAUGCCCUUCUCUGACAUCUAUAUUGGAGGAGCACCUACUGAAAUCUUGCACUCCAGGCCUGAACUAGCAACCCUUGUUGGGCUGAGAGGCUGCCUCAAGGGCUUCCAGUACCAAAAGAAGGACUUCAACUUGCUGGAGGAGGCCGGGACCAUUGGAAUCAGCUCUGGGUGCCCAGAAGAAUCACUUAUGUCCCGUGAAGCCUAUUUUAAUGGUGAAAGUUUUGUCGCUUCAAGCCAGAAAAUCUCUCCCUUCCAGACGUUUGAAGGAGGCUUCGAUUUCCGAACAGUACAGUCUACUGGAUUGCUUUUCUACUACACCGAGGGGUCUGAUGAGCUUGCCAUCUCUCUGGAAAAUGGAACAGUCGUCCUCAAUACUAAGGGAACCAAAGUUCGGUCAGAAAAGAACCAUUAUAACGAUGGCCAAACUCAUUUCCUCGUUGCAUCGGUCACUGCACAGAGGUAUCAGUUGAUUGUCGAUGACAAAGACAGGCAAAGAAAAAGUCACCAAGGUAUCACACAGCAACAAGCUUCUGCACCCAGCAAGUUCUACUUUGGAGGGUCACCUAGUGGCCAGUACUUGAACUUCACAGGAUGCAUCAGCAAUGCAUUCUUAAGCAGGCCUGACAGAGACAUGGAGGUGGAAGAUUUUCAGAGGUACACUGAGAAGGUUCAGGCUUUGCUGCAUGGCUGCCCCAUGGAGAAACCUCCCGCUGCGUUGUACGCUAAACCUGACAGAAACUCCUCGAAACCCAAGACAGGACGUGCCAAUAAGGUGGUCAGAGAUAAAUUACGCACCCCAGAGGUUCCUGUCUCUCUGAAGGAUAACCCUGAGGAGCUGAGAGGAAAGGAAGAGGCACACUGCUAUCUGUCAGCCAGACCCAGAGCUACACAGCAUGCACAUCAGUUUGGGGGGACAGCAAACAGCCGACUGGAAUAUGGCAGCAUUCCUGCCUUUUUCAAGGAAAGGUCCCACUUCUCCCUCAGUUUGAGGACCCAGUCCACCCAUGGCCUUAUCUUUUACGUGUCAAAUGAAGAGGAAGACAAUUUCAUGGCACUGUUCCUUACUCAUGGCAGAUUAGUUUAUAUGUUCAACGUUGGGAACAAUAAGCUAAAAAUCAAAAGCCAGGAGAAAUAUAAUGAUGGAGCAUGGCACAAUGUCGUAUUUACCCGUGAAAAGAAUGAGGGGCGUUUAAUAAUCGAUGGGCUUCGAGUGCUGGAGGAUACUGUCCCGGAGGCUGAUGCUCCUUGGCAUGUUAGUGGCGUCUUCUAUGUGGGAGGUGUGCCCCCUGGGAAAGCUCAUAAAAACAUACAGAUCAAUUCCGUACACAGUUUUACUGGCUGUGUAAAGAGCUUCCAGCUGAAUGGCCAGUGGCUCUCUUCAGUCUCCCGUACAUUUGGGGUCACACGAUGCUUCAAUGGGCCCACAGAGUCUGGAACGUACUUCUCAGCUGAGGGCGGAUAUGUAGUUCUGGAUGAUUCCUUUAACCUGGGCUUGAAGUUCGAGCUGGUGUUUGAGGUGCGCCCCCGAGCCAGCUCAGGAAUUCUGCUACAUGUUUCCACCUCAGGUGGUGAAUACCUGAACAUGCACAUAAACCACGGGCAGGUGAUUGUUCAAGUUCAUAAUGGAAUUAGAGAAUUUGCCACUUCAGUCACUCCAAAACAGGGUCUAUGUGACGGCAGAUGGCACAGAAUUGCAGUUAUCAGGGAUGCCAAUGUAGUGCAGCUGGAUGUUGAUUCAGAGGUUACCCACGUGGUGGGGCCACUGAACACCAGAGCAAUAGACAGCAAGGCUCCUGUUUUUAUUGGGGGUGUGCCGGAAUCUCUUCUCCCCCAGAGCAUGCUCAUCAGAACAGCCUACACUGGCUGUAUGAGAAACCUCAUGAUCAACGAGACGCCAGUGAGCUUCAGUAAAGCAGCACUGGUCAGUGGAGCUGUCAGUGUCAACUCCUGCCCAGCAGCUUAGCAGCCUGCCACAUCCACAAAGCAAAGUGCUGACCAUCAAAGCAGAGCACAAGAGAGUCACAACAUGUAUCUGAUUGUAUAUCCACUGUCUUAUGUAGUAAAAGCAUGAAAUUGCAUUGCCACUA